AUGGCGGGGCGCAGUCUUGGCGUCAGGAGAAGGACAGGGACUCCACUCCCGCCACGCGUUCAGCAACCUGCCACUCCUCGACGGGACUUCCUCGCCAAGGAGGAAGAAUAUAAGCGUUUAAAUGCAGAAUUGGAGGCAAAAACAGCUGAUCUGGUUCGACAAGCUGAGGAAGCAAUAAGAGAUCAGCAAGAAGUACGAUCUCGGCCUAUUUCAACACAAAUUAAAUCAUAUGAAGAGGAAGAUGAUUACAGUUUAAGAGGUCUGUUCGAAGGGACAGUUCAUCUACAUUCAGAAACUCAGCCAAAGACCAAACAUGUUGAUCCAGUAAACAAAGUUAAAAAAAACCUAUACUCUGCAAAUAAAGGAAGGAAAACAAAUUCAAGUAUAAAAUUGAAAUACUCUGAUGUACAAACUGCCAAUGAUGUUGCCAUUCCAGAGGAUUUCUCAGACUUUUCUCUUGCAAAAACAGUUAGUAAAAUUGAAGGGCAACUAGAAGAAGCAGGCUUACCUGAUUAUAUAGAUGAUGAUAUUUUUUGUGGUGUUAGUAAAGACAUUGGAACAGAAGCACAGAUCAGAUUUCUGAAGGCCAAACUCCGUGUUAUGCAGCAGGAAUUGGAUAAUGUUGUAUGUGAAUGCAAUAAAAAGGAGGCUGAAAUUCAGGAUUUAAAGUCUCAAGUAAAAAAUUUUGAGGAAGAUUGUGUGAGGCAGCAGCGAACAAUUAAUUUACAACAGUCUCAAGCAGAAAAAUAUAAAACUCUUUUUGAAGAAGCAAACAAAAAAUAUGAUGGAUUACAGCAACAGCUGUCUUCAGUAGAAAGGGAAUUAGAAAAUAAAAGACGACUACAAAAACAAGCUGCAACUACCCAGAGUGCUACAGAGGUUCGCUUGAAUAGAGCUCUAGAAGAAGCAGAAAAGUAUAAAUUAGAGCUAAGUAAAUUAAGGCAAAAUAACAAGGAUAUAGUAAGUGAAGAACACAAAAAAAUUGAAGCAUUAAAAUCCGAAAACAGGAAGCUAGAAAAACAAAAAGGAGAAUUAAUGAUAGGAUUCAAGAAACAAUUAAAAUUAAUUGAUGUUUUAAAAAGACAGAAGAUGCAUAUUGAAGCUGCCAAGAUGCUGUCUUUCACUGAAGAGGAAUUUAUGAAGGCCCUUGACUGGGGAAAUUCUUAAUUCUAAAUACUUUAGUCUCUCUAACCAACAGUGUGUGAUGGAUAUACAUUUUACUUAAGUUAUAAUGGUUGGAAUUGAUAAUGAAAUCAAAAGAAUUCCCUGUUUGGGGGAAUAUAACAUUGACAUGUAAUUAUUAGAAAAGGGAAAUAUUUUAUAAAAUAAGUAAGAAUUUAACUUUGAUUCUGCUAUCUUUCUUAUGUUCUAAUAGCCCUUUCUCAGCUGCACUUGAAUGGAAAUGACUUUACGUUCUGGAGAUUUAGCUGUAGUUUAUAAAUGAGUUCAUGAGAGAAAUUCUGUUUUUAAAUUCUUACUGACAAAUUAGAUACUUUGAAAUUCCUCACCCUUUACAGUAGACAGAAAAAGAUGCUUUAAAAAAGUCUUUUUUACAUUAAAAAUUAAUGUUUAAAAACACAUAAAUAUUAACAUUGGGUUAGUUUGCUAAGGUUUCCAUAAGUGCCAAAGACUUGAUGGCUUAAACAGCAGAGACAGUCUCACAGUUCUGGAGGCGGGAAUUCUGAGGUCAGUGGUUGGCUUCUUCUGAGGGCUGUCUGCUCCCCAUGAUGUCACAUGCUCAGAAAAACAUGCUUUAGACCCAAUUAAUUAUAAGUGCUUAUUUCCCUGGCCAAAUCAGGCAAGUAAAGUUCCUAAACGCAAACAUAGAAAGAGAACUGUAGCCUAAAUAGGGAUGCAGAAAAACCUCUGAACAGUAAUAGUGUAGAAAAGUUAGUCUCCAUAUUUAUGUACAUGGAAUAUUGUAAUGAGGUGGUGGUGUAGAACUUAGUCAAACUGUUUUUGUACUGAAUUUGAAGACCUAACAACACGGGUGUACACUUUCACCACUCUUAUUCAACCUAGUACUGGAAGUCCUAGACACAGCAAUCAGACAAGAAGAAAACAUAAAA